CUGUCCGCGCUGCUGAAACGGGCUCUUCGAGGGAUUGGCGUCAUAUGACUCCGCCUGCUGCCCCCCAGCCCUCGCGCAGACCGCCCUUCCCUCAGUUAGCUGAGGGAGGGUCGUGCAACAUCCCCAGGGGCCCCCGCGGCUCUGCGGAGAGGAGAGGUUCCAGCCAGGAAGGGUCCAGCUAGGAGCACGGCGCCCGAUCUCAAAGUGUAGAUCUUGAAGGGGGCGGGGUGUGAGAGAGCCGCGGGAGGGCGGGGGAGCGAGCGAGAGAGAGAGAGAGCGAGGGAGAGCGAGGGAGCGAUUCUGAGAGCGCCAGAGAACGGCGGAGCGCGCACCGACGAGGGGCAUUCGGAUGCCUCUCUGAGAUGUAAGUGCGUAGCAGUCUCUCAGGCCUUCUAGCACCAUGCAGAAAGCCAUCCGGCUCAACGAUGGCCACGUCGUGACCCUGGGACUGCUGGCACAGAAGGACGGCACGCGCAAAGGCUACCUGAGCAAGAGGAGCGCGGACAACCCAAAAUGGCAAACCAAGUGGUUUGCCCUGCUCCAGAACCUGCUCUUCUACUUCGAAAGCGACUCCAGCCCUCGGCCCUCCGGGCUCUACCUGCUCGAGGGAAGUAUCUGUAAACGCGCGCCCUCCCCCAAGAGAGGGACCUCCUCCAAGGAGUCCGGCGAGAAACAGCAACACUACUUCACAGUGAACUUCUCCAAUGACAGCCAGAAGACCUUGGAGCUGAGGACCGAGGAUGCCAAGGACUGUGACGAGUGGGUGGCCGCCAUCGCUCGUGCCAGCUACAAGAUACUGGCUACAGAGCACGAGGCGCUCAUGCAGAAGUACUUGCACCUGCUGCAGGUAGUGGAGACAGAGAAGACUGUGGCUAAACAGCUGCGCCAGCAGCUUGAGGACGGUGAGGUUGAGAUCGAGCGCCUGAAGACGGAGGUAACUAUUACAAACCUGAUCAAGGACAAUGACCGUGUUCAAUCCAGCAACAAGGCCGCUUCUGCUGAUGAUGAGGACAGUGACAUCAAGAAAAUUAAGAAGGUUCAGAGCUUCCUUCGGGGAUGGCUGUGCCGUCGAAAGUGGAAGAACAUCAUCCAGGACUACAUCCGGUCUCCCCACGCGGACAGCAUGCGCAAGAGGAACCAGGUGGUAUUCAGCAUGCUGGAGGCGGAGGCUGAGUACGUGCAGCAGCUACACAUCCUUGUCAACAACUUCCUGCGCCCACUGCGCAUGGCCGCCAGCUCUAAGAAACCCCCUAUAACACACGACGACGUCAGCAGUAUCUUUCUGAACAGCGAGACCAUCAUGUUCCUGCAUCAGAUCUUCUACCAAGGCCUGAAGGCCCGUAUCUCUAGCUGGCCCACCCUGGUGCUGGCGGACCUGUUCGACAUCCUGCUGCCCAUGCUGAACAUCUACCAGGAGUUCGUCCGCAACCACCAGUACAGCCUCCAGAUCCUUGCUCACUGCAAGCAAAACCGGGACUUUGACAAGCUCCUCAAGCAGUAUGAGGCCAAGCCAGACUGCGAGGAGCGCACACUGGAGACCUUCCUCACCUACCCAAUGUUCCAGAUCCCCAGGUACAUCCUGACACUCCAUGAGCUGCUGGCCCACACACCCCAUGAGCAUGUGGAGCGUAACAGCCUGGACUAUGCCAAAUCCAAACUAGAGGAACUGUCCAGGAUCAUGCAUGACGAAGUCAGUGAGACCGAAAACAUCCGCAAAAACCUGGCCAUUGAGCGUAUGAUCACUGAGGGCUGUGAGAUCCUCCUGGACACCAGCCAGACCUUCGUGCGCCAAGGUUCCCUCAUGCAGGUGUCCUUGUCAGAAAAGAGCAAGUCCUCUAGGGGCCGCCUGGGGUCUCUGUCCAUUAAGAAAGAGGGUGAGCGCCAGUGUUUCCUGUUCUCCAAGCAUCUCAUCAUCUGCACCAGAGGCUCUGGUGGGAAACUGCACCUAACCAAGAAUGGAGUCAUAUCCCUCAUUGACUGCACCUUACUGGAUGAACCCGAAAACCUGGACGACGAAGCCAAAGGAGCUGGACCAGAGAUAGAGCACCUGGAGUUUAAGAUCGGGGUGGAGCCAAAGGACUCCCCGCCCUUCACCGUCAUCCUGGUGGCCUCAUCCAGGCAGGAGAAGGCAGCAUGGACCAGUGACAUCAUCCAGUGCGUGGAUAAUAUCCGCUGCAAUGGACUCAUGAUGAAUGCCUUCGAAGAAAAUUCCAAGGUCACCGUGCCUCAGAUGAUCAAGUCUGACGCUUCCUUAUAUUGUGAUGAUGUUGACAUUCGCUUCAGCAAGACCAUGAAUUCUUGCAAAGUGCUUCAGAUCCGCUAUGCCAGCGUGGAGCGCCUGCUGGAGCGCCUGACCGAUCUUCGCUUCCUGAGCAUUGACUUUCUCAACACCUUCCUGCAUUCCUAUCGAGUCUUCACCACUGCUAUGGUGGUCCUGGACAAGCUAAUCAACAUCUACAGAAAACCCAUGAGUGCCAUUCCUGCCAGGUCCCUGGAACUCUUGUUUUCCAGCAGCCACAACGCCAAGCUUCUGUACGGAGAUGCCCCCAAAUCCCCUCGCGCCAGCCGCAAGUUCUCCUCGCCGCCGCCCUUGGCCAUCGGGACAUCGUCCCCGAGCCGCCGUCGGAAGCUGUCCCUCAACAUCCCCAUCAUCACAGGUGGCAAGGCACUGGAACUGGCUUCACUUGGGUGCAGCUCCGAUAGCUACGCCAACAUACACUCACCCAUAUCCCCCUUCGGCAAAACCACACUGGACACUGGCAAGCUCUGUAUGGCCAGCAGCCUACCCAAGACUCCAGAGGAGAUUGACGUGCCUACCACAAUUCCAGAAAAGCCUGGGGAGCUCUCAGCCUCCAGAAAGCAGAGCUCUGACAUCCUGAAAGGAGAGUCUGAUGGCGACCAGAACCACAGUGAUGAAGACAACACAGAAGUGUCGCCAGUUAAAUCUCCACCAACACCGAAGUCGUUCUUAAACAGAACCAUCACAGAGUUCCCAUUCUUUAACUACAACAACGGAGUCCUGAUGACCACGUGUCGCGAUCUGGUGGACAAUAACCGCAGCACUCUCUCAGCUACUUCUGCCUUUGCCAUAGCGACUGCAGGAGCCAAUGAAGGCCCCUCAAACAAGGAGGUCUUUCGAAGGAUGUCUUUGGCCAACACAGGCUUUUCCUCUGACCAGAGAAAUAUCGACAAGGAGUUUGUGAUCCGCAGAGCUGCCACCAAUCGAGUGUUGAAUGUGCUCCGCCACUGGGUCACCAAGCACACCCAGGACUUUGAUACCGACGAUACGCUCAAAUACAGGGUGAUCUGCUUCUUGGAGGAGGUCAUGCAUGACCCAGACCUUCUGACCCAAGAGCGAAAGGCAGCAGCCAACAUCAUCAGGACUCUGACCCUAGAAGAAACAACUGAACAACAUAGCAUGCUGGAAGAAGUCAUACUGAUGACGGAGGGUGUGAAGACUGAGCCCUUCGAAAGCCACCCAGCCCUGGAGAUAGCAGAGCAGCUGACCCUACUGGAUCACCUUGUCUUCAAGAGUAUUCCUUAUGAAGAGUUCUUUGGCCAGGGCUGGAUGAAGAUGGAGAAGUAUGAAAGGACACCUUACAUUAUGAAAACCACCAAACACUUCAACCAUGUCAGCAACUUCAUUGCUUCAGAAAUUAUCCGAAACGAGGACAUCAACGCAAGGGCAAGCGCCAUCGAGAAGUGGGUGGCCGUGGCCGACAUAUGUCGCUGCCUGCACAACUACAAUGCUGUGCUGGAGAUCACCUCCUCCAUCAACCGCAGCGCCAUCUUCCGACUCAAAAAGACAUGGCUCAAAGUUUCUAAGCAGACGAAAUCUUUGCUUGACAAGCUCCAAAAGCUUGUGUCAUCAGAUGGCAGAUUUAAGAACCUCAGAGAGGCUUUGAGAAAUUGCGAUCCACCUUGUGUCCCUUACCUGGGGAUGUAUCUCACCGACUUGGUGUUCAUCGAGGAGGGGACACCCAAUUACACAGAGGACGGCCUGGUCAACUUCUCCAAGAUGAGAAUGAUCUCCCAUAUUAUCCGAGAGAUUCGCCAAUUUCAGCAGACGACCUACAAAAUCGAGCCCCAGCCAAAGGUAAUUCAGUACUUACUGGAUGAAUCUUUCAUGUUGGACGAAGAGAGUCUGUAUGAGUCUUCGCUCCUAAUUGAACCAAAACUCCCCACAUGAGGCUGUUCUCCUCACCUGCCAGCGCCGGCCACAUCACCGCCGGAACCCCAGCUGCCCCCAGCUGCUUCUGUGAACACCUGCUUUACGAUUAUUGUAUAUAAUCGUUGCGUGCCUCUGUACUUGUUCUCCAGCGUGUGCUUCCCCGAGAAUAUAUUAUCUCUUCUUGUCCCGUAAAACUGAAAUAAAAAUGUCUGCAUUCAAAAUAUAGAUGUCUGCACUCUCAGA